AUGGACAAUUCACCAUACAAUAGGGCCUGGUCGUCUAUCCCCGGUAGGCCUUCUUUUCCUGGACCAUGGGGUAACAUUUGUAAGGUCUCGAGAGCCUUUGCAAAUUAUGACACGGAUCUUGACUUAUUGAUAAAAGGUGUGUUAGGCAAUGGGAAGUCUAUUCGAUUUUGGCUUGACCUUUGGAUUGGUAUGGAGCCUCUAAUGGCUCGGUUUCCUAAUUUGUUCAAACUGGAGUCUGCUAAAAAUUAUUUUGUAGCUGACCGCAUUGCAUCCACCUCAUAUGGCUCUACCUUCACCUUUACAUGGAAUCGCUUACCAACAACACAACAAAAAACUGAUGAAUACUCAUCUAUGCUUGGCCUAAUUGACACAGCCCGACUUUCUAGUUCUGGUGACAAGUGGUGUUGGGAUCUAGACCAAAUCAACUCAUUCUCGGUGAAAAGUAUCAAAAAGAAAUUGGAAGCUCAGGUAUUAUUCUUGGCAUGGAGAGCAAACCUUGAAAGAUUGCCCACUCUCGCUUCUCUAGCAAAAAGAAAUAUUCAAGUACCGUCUCUGUUAUGUCCAUUCUGUGGGCUUGAUGUGGAGACUCCAGAUCAUAUAUUUGUGUCAUGUUCUACGGCCCAAGGAGUUUGGGAUGCUAUUUCAGAUUGGUGUAGGCUACCCGGAAUUUACUUAUUUGGAGUACAAAAUAUAUUCCGCACACCUGAAUUUUUGCAUGGGUCAUCGAAAUGGAAAAAGAUCAUUCAUGCUAUUUUAUGCUCAACUGUGUGGAUAUUAUGGAAGACUAGAAAUAACAAGAUCUUUAACCAUAAAUUAAAGCUGUAA